CCGCAAGAUGAGAGUGGGGUUCUCAAGGCUGUGGAAAAUGUGCAUGCCAUGAUAGACAGGGAAGUAGCAGAUGGUAUCCACCAUGAGAAUAUAUUUGUUUGUGGGUUUAGCCAAGGAGGUCCUCUGACAUUAGCAAGUGUUUUGCUCUAUCUGAAGAUGCUAGGUAGAGGUGCCAUUUUCAACGGGUGGGUGCCUUUCAGUUCGUUAGUCGUUCAAAGGAUUUCACCUGAAGCAAGGAAGACACCAUUUCUUUGGUCACAUGGAGUAGCUGACAGAACGGUAUUGUUUGAAGAUGGUCAAGCUGGUCCACCAUUUUUGCAAAGUGCAGGUGUUAAUUGUGAACUUAAGGCAUAUCCAGAUCUUGGUCACUCAAUUUCCCAGGAUGAGCUGCAAUAUCUUGAGUCAUGGAUCAGAAGUCGUCUUAAGGCCUCGAGAAGGACGAUUUCGUUUCCUGUGGCUGAUAGCUGA